CUUGAAGUUGAAGACACGAUUACUAGUGCUGAACCUUUCUCCGGAGAAAUGCUAUCACCUAAAAAAAUUGAUGUUGGAUUGCCAAAUGAUAUAUAUAAUACUUUAGUAGAGUAUUAUAAUAAUGCAUAUAACACGGAAUUUUUAUCAAUCACUGAGUCAGUUCAGAGAAAUAUAGACGAUAACAUUAUUGUUCAGCCUCAA